UGCGAUUUGGUGCGGUUUAUGAUCCAAACCGCACCGCGAACACCCCUAGUGAUAAGAGGUAAAGAAAUCCCCUGCUCCCACCAUAAGCAAUUGUUCCAUCUCAAUUUACUUGCUUCCUAACCCUUACUGCGUAUUAUUACCCUUAUUUAAUCCAUCUACAAAAAGUCAAGAUAUGGUUAAAAAAAAAAAAAUCCAUUUUGUCCUAAGACGAUUCCUUCCUUAGUCUGCUACUCAAUCGUUCGUGUCGAGGCUUCCUUGCUUCUCCUCUCUUCUCUUCUCUUCUUCUUCUUUUACCAUUUUCUCUCUCCUCCUCCUCUUUCUCUCUCCUCUUUGCCGUCGUCGUAUUAUAGCAGAAAAACAGAGCACAAAACAAACCCCGAUACCAAACAAACUCACCUCUAACACAAAAAGAAUUUCUUCACUUUCUCUCUCUUCAAUUUUUCUCUUUCUUCAAUUUUUCUCAGAUUUCCGAAACUUCGAAUAUCUGAUCUUCUUCCACCGCUUCACUUCCCCCAAUUUCCCUCUUUUUCUCUCUCCUCCAGGGAUGCCAUAUGAGUUGAGUUUGAUAGUGAAUUCAGUUUUUCGAGUUGAAAAACAAUAUAAAAAUGUUGGAUUUUAUAGCAUAAGAUUUAGGGUUUUUGGAUUAGUUUAAUUGAAGUGAUUUCGUUGUUUGUUGGUGAGAAAUUAAAAGGAAUAAACUGUGAUUUUGUUUCCAAUUUAGUUUUGGGUUGAUGGGGAAUAAGCUGGGGAAGAGGCGACAGGUGGUGGAUGAGAAGUAUACAAGGCCUCAAGGGUUGUAUCAGAUCAAAGAUGUUGAUUAUAAGAAGCUUAGGAAGCUUAUACUCGAAUCGAAGCUUGCCCCGUGCUAUCCCGGAGGCGACGAGUGCGAUUGCGGCAUGUUCGAAGAAUGCCCCAUCUGUUUUUUGUAUUAUCCUACUCUCAACCGGUCCAGAUGUUGUAUGAAAAGCAUAUGUACAGAGUGUUUUCUACAGAUGAAGAAUCCAAAUUCAACUAGACCAACUCAAUGUCCGUUCUGUAAAACUUCAAAUUAUGCUGUGGAGUACAGGGGAGGAAAGUCAAAGGAGGAGAGGGGAAUGGAGCAAAUUGAAGAACAGAAGGUUAUUGAAGCCAAGAUUCGGAUGCGGCAGCAGCAGAUCGAAGAGGAAGAGGAAAGACAACAUGGAAAAGAAGAAACAAGCCCUUCAGAUAGAGAGCCUCAGACAGAAAAUAUUGGUUGUAUCACAUCUGGUGGUGUAGAAUGUGAAGAAACAGCCCCUUCUCAAGAUUCAAGUGGUACACAAAUUCUCAGACAACCCCAGUAUACCAGACAUGGCAGGGAUGAUGAAUUUGACCUGGAUCUUGAAGAUAUUAUGGUUAUGGAAGCUAUCUGGCUUUCUAUACAGGAGAAUGGAAGAGCAGAAUAUUCUCCUUCUAAUGAUGCUGUGCCUGAGCAAUAUACAGUUGAAGAUCGCCACAUGUCACCAGUGACAGCACCAGUGGCUGGAUCAUCGUCAUCCCCUUCAGGUGGUCUUGCUUGUGCAAUUGCAGCCCUUGCCGAGCGCCAGCAAUCCACUGGAGAAUCUUCCACCAAUUAUAGUGAACCUGUAUCACGGUUAGACAUGAUUCCGAGCAGUAGCAGGAGUUCGAAGAGGAUGAAAAAGACUCAGAGAAGACAUGCAGAAAGCUCUUCUAAUAAGGAAAUUUGUAAUUCAAGAAUGAUAGCUGAAGGGUGUGAGGUUGGUCCUGCAUUAGAGGUUACUGAAGUGGGGACUAGCUAUGUCAACUCAGAUGACUCUGAAGAUGAGGCUAUUAUACUGCCACCACCACCACCUCCGCCACUAAUGCAUCAUAGGUGGAACUCCAAGAGGGGAAAAAGUAUCCAAAGAAAAUACUCUUUCGGGAGAGCCUCGUCCAAGAAUUUGCAUGAUCGAAGGAUGGUAGCAGAAGAGUGGGAGUUUGACCGUGGCUCAGAGGUUGCUGAGGCAGGGACCACUUAUGCUAGCUCGGAUGAGUCGAAUGAGGACACUCAAGUCGCUUCACAGCCACUACCAUCACCACCUCUACCUCCAUAUGUAGUCGGAACGAUCAGUGGCUGUUCAGAUGGGGAAGAAGAUCAUGUUGAAUACCUACUCCCUCCACCUCCACCUCCACCACCACCAUAUGUUACAGAUAGUGGCUUCCAGUCUUCGAUCCCAGCCCCCAUAGUUCCAGAGAGUUUCGAGGAACAGAUGAUGUUGGCCAUGGCAGUUUCAUUAGCUGAGGCUCGAGCUAGGACAAGUGCUCAGGGAGUUGCAUGGCACUAGGUUUAGUAAUCACGAUUGUAUCCUGUUAUCUCUCCACUCCCCAUCUCUGCCCCGGCUCUCCCGCCUCCAUCAACAAAAAUGCAAAAAAAAAAAAAAAAAAGCUCAUUUUCCUCCCCCUUUUAAUCUUCACACGUAUGUAUUAGGUUACUGAAGAGCAGAUUUCAACGAGUGAUAGGUUUGUCGGGUUUUAUGGUAUUUGAAAUGAUUAAUGUGCCUCAUGAUUCCCCCCCUUUUCCUUUUCUUUUCUUUUCUUUGCAGUUAUUAAAUGAUGUUGUAAGUCGUUUUCGAGGUGUAUGAUUGAUUGUUAAGGCAAUCUGGUCUUGCAAUGUAGACCUGGCUAAGAUUUCUGUGUCUCAAGCAAGCUUCUGAUGGUUAUAGGCUCUUGGAAUGAUCCCAAGCAAUUUUAGUGCUAGACUUAA